AGUCAGCCUUGGUUGAGCUUCCCAGUCAAAUAAGGUGGGUAAUAGUACACAAGCAGCAGAGACCUUCUCCCCCUUCCUUCGGAGAGCACUGUUGAUAGCAGCCUACUGUUGCUUAUUGUCCCUGGAAAGCAGCAAGACGAGUAUUGGGUAACAACAGAAAACCCGGGAUUUGGUUAACUUUCCCAUGAGGAAUUGCGAGUAUCUUUUCUGUGAAACUGCCUGGUGCUGUGAAACAUUCUUCAUCUGUGCCCUUGAUGUGGGCCUUCUGGAGAGGGAAAUCUCAUCAACCUCUAGAAAAGCAGCUAGGUUUAUGAUCACUUUCUUUCACAGUUGACUUUCAAGGACAAUAACCUUAUUAGAAGGAGGUCUGAAGAAAGGCAAGUUACAGUUUUUCUCCAAUGAAAGUCACAUCUGUCUGUUGGGGCAGAUUGGCAGCAGAGAUAUUUUCCACUGAAAUCCAAGGAAAAACUAUCCCAUUCCACUCUGUCAUAUGUGUGACUUCUGCCCUUGGCAUUCAAGGUAAUCCCAUCCUGACAGACCACUCCAGGGACUGAGGAGGGGCAAUGUCCAUGGUUGCUCAACCCAGGAGGUGAUAAGAAGUGUGUGUCAUGAUGCACAGGUUGCUGCUGCUUCUUGUCCUGGUCAGCUUCAGCUCACCUGCACCCAGGUUUUCCGACAAAGAUGUCUGCCUCCUAGACAACAAUAAUUUAAGACAAAGGUUAAAACAACUUCAAGACUUGCUUUACUUAUACGACCUGCAACUGAAGGACAUCCUGGAGAACACUUACCACAGAACAAAAAGUGGGCUGUUCUCAGGCAACAGGAGCAUGCAGCAUGAGAUUCUUUUACCCACAACCAGUGGAAAUUUGAUAGUUUAUGACCAAGAUUGCUCUGCAGUGUAUAAUCGGAAGAAAACCAAAAGUGGCUACUACCGAAUCAGGCCCAGAGCAGACCGAGAGCCUUUCCUGGUGUACUGUGACAUGUCUGAUGGAGGGGGGUGGACGGUCAUCCAACGGCGGAGUAACGGCAGGGAGAAUUUCAACAGGAAAUGGGAUGAAUACAAACUGGGAUUUGGGAGAUUCCAGGGCAAGAAUGACGAAUACUGGCUGGGCAAUGACCACAUCUAUGACCUGCUUGCUAGAGGAGAGAACUCAUUAAAGAUUGAACUGAUGGACUGGCAUGGGGAAAGACGUUACGCAGUCUAUGAAAAUUUCCAACUUGCAAAUGAGCAGGACAAUUACAGGUUAUGGUUUGGCACGUAUUCUGGUAACGCUGGCGACGCUCUGUCUGCUGGGAGCAAUUUUGAAGAUCAGUGGUCAGCCUCUCAUAGAGGGAUGCAGUUCACCACAUUUGACAAGGAUCACGAUCGAUUCCUGGCAGGCAACUGUGCAUCAGAGAAUAAGGGCGGUUGGUGGUUUAACAGGUGCCACGCCGCAAACCUCAAUGGACGAUACUACAGAAGAGGAAGGUACAAGGGCUCCCAUGACGAUGGCAUGGUUUGGUCUACGUGGCAUGGGAUGUGGUACUCACUGAAAUAUUCAGCCAUGAAAAUCAGGGCUCCGUUCUUCAUUGACAUUGAGAGUGGAGAUGGAGAGAACAGUCAGGGCAGCUGAAACCUGCUGCUUUGGAAAGAGGAAAACUACAGGCUGAAAAGAAUUGUAUAAGUUGAUAGCUGGUUCUCUGCUGCUGCCAAUUGCCAAACCUGCACUGUGAUAACUGGAGUUGCACCUGCUUCUGCUACCUGAAGCUAACAGCAAGAGUUGUUUGAGCAUAGCCAGACAAAAAUAUAACAGAAAACAUAUGGAUCUCAGUCAUGGGAUAACCACAGAUUUCUUUUUCAGCAGUUUUCAGGAAUUUGUUGGAAAAUGUUUAUUGAAAGAUCUCUGGACUUCGAAUGAUCAAGCUAAUAACCAUGGCAGUGUUGGAUCAAGGGUUGGACUUGAUGAUCUUAGAGGUCUUUUCCAACCCAGUUGAUUCUAUGAUUCUAAGCAUGUCCUGUAAUCUAUCUAUACUCUUCGAGGUCUAAACCUUUCUCAUCUUGAUUUUAACCAUCAGCGCUUUAAUUAUGAGGACAUCAGAACAGAAAGAACAAAGCAAUGGGAAAUUGGACUUCAUCUGGUGUGCCUUUUACCAGUGUUUUGUUCUGCCUCAGGAGAUGUUUCUAAGCAACUCUCCCUAUGGUUCUAAAUUGCCACACUUCAGUAUCAGAGUGCCUCUGGAGUGUGUGAAACCAAACGUGGAUGGAUGUGCUCCAGCUGCUAACGUACAUCCAGACUAUUUCAAAGUAAACCUCCACAAUAGGGACAAUGUGGGCACUGGGUUCCAUUGCCAAGAGCUUCCUGCUGGAGAUCCACUGCUACAGCACACUGCAACACAUUAAUGCAAAGACAACCCUGCCGACCAGAUUUAAGCCCCAGACUAAAAUUAGGCAGAUUUUACUAAAUUUAGCUGAGCACAGAUAUUCUUAGGAGUUCCUAAAAUGCAGACAUGAUUCAUCUGUACAUUCUCCUGUAAUUUACCAGAAGACUUUGGGUUAGUGAAAAGGAAUUAGAAAGUAGAAAGUGGUUGAACCACAGGGCAAACUACUUUCAUUGUCUCAUUGGAGUGAAGCAAAAGAGCAAUACAAAUGACUGAAAGAAAUGGAACACUGAAAGUUUAUUUUCCACAAGUUGUUAACAGCAACGGUUAUAAAUGAACAGCAGUAUCAGCUUGAUGCAAGUCAUUUAACUAUUGUGAUGUAGAAUAAGCCUAAUUUUUUUAUGAUUUACAAUAUUUUUUUUAACUGGUAGCUCUUUUUCAUUUAUUGGCUCUUAGAUCCAUACAUAUUGUCAUUUGUAUGUACAUCCAUAGAGAACGAAAUAAAACCAGCUGAGUAGGACUUAA